AUGACGAUCUACAACCUCUACAUCUUCAACAAAUCGGGACAAUGUAUCGUCUACAAGGAAUGGAAGCGGGAAAAAUCUUCGGAUAUGUCCAAAGAUGAGGAAUUCAAGUUGGUUUAUGGGAUGCUGCUCUCUCUCCGCUCAUUUUCCUCCAAACUCUCGACCAAGGGUGGACAUCAGAUGGUGAAGUCGUUCAAAACGUCCGCUUAUCAGAUGCAUUACAUUGAAACUGCGACUGCCGUGAAGAUGGUGUUGAACACGGACCCGGAUGCCGAGGGAAUUCAUGCUUUGAUGCAGAAAAUCUACGAGUUAUACGUAUCGACGGUGGUGAGGAAUCCGAUGGUGUCUACGGAGGAGGAAAUAAAAUCAGAAUUGUUCCACAGUCGACUGGAUGAUAUGGUCAAAGGACAUCCUUGUUAUACAUGAUGAACGAUAUGGUUUAUUUGGAAUAUACAGUAAGGUUUUGGUAUUAUUUUUUGAGUUUUAGUGCUGUAAGGAGGAGUGUUGUUGUGUAUGGUUAGUACUAUGAGCUCAGAGUACUAAAAUUGCAAGUUCUCGCCAUAAUUUUGGAUAUUACUUUAGACCAGAACCUAGCCUGUAUAUUCUACGUAACUCCCCGAUCUUUCGGUUGUCAAAAGCUGCACAAUUGGUAUGAAAAGUUUCUCAGUUGCCGAGUGUAA